CUCCCAAACUGAACAUAUAAAUUAACCAUACAUGCCAUUUCCUAAUCCACCACUCUCCCAUUCCACUAGCUACUAUUUCUCUCUCAAUUUCUAACACAAUGCCUCAUUGUGGCAGACUUGUGAUUUUCUAUGUGACAGUUUUGGUGGUAGUGCUGCUGAAUUCGAUGGGCACAAGAUGCCACACCAAAGGCAUUAGGCCCGAGAGAACGGCCAACUCGGAGCAGCAGUUCAUGAAAUGGGUUGAUUUUGUGGGAAGCUUAAAGCAUUCUCUCUUCAAGACAGCCACCAACAAAGUCUCACCAUCUCGCAUCAUCACAGUCCACAAAAACCCCAAAUAUGGAGACUUCACUUCCAUUCAGGACGCAAUUCACUCUCUCCCUACCAUCAAUCUCGUCAGAGUCGUCAUCAAGGUCCAUGCAGGCCUUUACACGGAGAAAGUGGAAAUACCUCCAUUUAAAUCAUACGUAACGAUCGAAGGUGCGGGAGCAGAUACAACGGUAGUGCAAUGGGGCGAUACGGCUCAAUCGCAGCCUCUGGGGACGUACGGCUCAGCCACGUUCGCGGUGAAUUCCCCAUUCUUCAUUGCCAAGAACAUCACAUUCAAGAACACUGCGCCGGUGCCAGAGCCGGGCGCGGUGGGGAAGCAGGCGGUGGCGUUCCGGAUAUCAGCCGACACUGCAGUGCUGGUGGGGUGCAAGUUCUUGGGGGCCCAGGACACUCUGUACGAUCAACUCGGGAGACACUACUACAAGGAUUGCUACAUCGAGGGGUCGGUCGACUUCAUCUUCGGCAGUGGCCUCUCCCUGUUUGAGAAUUGUCAUGUGCAUGCUAUAGCAUCGAGGGUGGGGGCGGUGACGGCGCAGGGGAGAAGCAGUAUAUUGGAUGAGAGCGGAUUUUCGUUUGUCAAGUGCAAGGUGACAGGGUCGGGGGCGCUCUACCUCGGGAGGGCGUGGGGCCCGUUUUCAAGGGUUGUUUUCUCCUACACCUACAUGGACAAUAUCAUCAUCCCUAAAGGCUGGUACAACUGGGGUGACCCCUCUAGAGAAAUGACUGUGUUUUAUGGGCAAUACAAAUGCACAGGAGAAGGGGCAAAGUUUGCAGGAAGAGUGGCAUGGUCAAGAGAACUAACUGAUGAAGAGGCCAAGCCUUUUAUCUCUUUAAACUUCAUUGAUGGCACUGAGUGGAUCACUAUUUGAUUCUCAUUUUUUCACCUAUACAUAUCAUUUUUUAUGGAUAUCAAUAUAACCCCUACCUAUGUGUAUAAACUAUUGUUCAUCGUUUCUCACGAAUUUUUAUUCAUAUGGGACAAAUGGAUAACGCAUAUUACUAGUGACUUUUUUUA